CACCACGCCUUGGGCAAGCGCUGCCUAGGUGCCUAAACCUUCCACAGUCUUCGCAAGUCCUCAGACGAAACGUGGUCCGUGGGUGCAAACAGCAACAUGGCCCGAGCAGCUUCUUCGCUUCGCCUAUUUAAACAAGACGUGCUUUAAGAUCAGGCCGCUUCUCCCACCUUCUAUCAUCCCUCCUCAGCCCAGUCGAUGGCAUUUGCCCCAACCUUUGCACGCCGAUUUACAUCUACAGCACGCAUCAUGUCCAACGUUUUCUUCGACGUCACCAAGGACGGCUCGCCCCUCGGCCGCAUCACCUUCAAGCUCUACGACGACGUCGUGCCCAAGACGACCAAGAACUUCCGUGAGCUCUGCACUGGCCAGCACGGCUUCGGCUACGAGGGCUCCUCGUUCCACCGCGUCAUCCCCCAAUUCAUGCUCCAGGGUGGUGACUUCACCGCUGGCAACGGCACGGGCGGCAAGUCCAUCUACGGCGCCAAGUUCGCCGACGAGAACUUCAACCUCAAGCACACCAAGCCCGGCCUCCUGUCGAUGGCCAACGCUGGCCCCAACACCAACGGCUCGCAGUUCUUCAUCACGACCGUCGUCACCAGCUGGCUCGACGGCAAGCACGUCGUCUUCGGCGAGGUCGUCGACGGUCUCGACAUCGUCAAGGCCAUCGAGGGCGAGGGCACCUCGAGCGGAAAGACGCGCUCCAGGAUCACCAUCGCCAAGAGCGGCACUCGACACGUCAUCAAGGAUGGCGAGCGUGUCGAGAAAGCCGGCUGA